UCGCGAAGCUCACCGAGAGAGAGAGAGAGAGAGAGAGAGAGAGAGAGAGAGAGGAGAGCAGGACGAGAGACAUGGCGGCUGCCUUGGGGAUCCCGAAGGAGUACGGCUACGUGGUGCUGGUGCUGCUCUCCUACAUCUUCCUCAACUUCUGGAUGUCCUUCCAAGUCGGCAAGGCCCGCAAGAAGUACAAGGUGUUCUACCCCACCCUCUACGCCAUCAAGUCCGAGAACAAGGACGCCAAGCUCUUCAAUUGCGUCCAGAGGGGGCAUCAGAACUCGCUGGAGAUGAUGCCGGUGUUCUUCGCCACGCUGCUUGUAGGCGGCCUGCAGCUCCCCAUCAUCGCCGCGGGGCUCGGCGCCGUCUACACCGUCGCCCGCUUCUUCUACUUCAAGGGCUAUGCCUCCGGCGUCCCGGAGAACCGCCUCAGGAUCGGGGGAAUCAACUUCCUGGCCUUGUUCGGGCUUAUAAUCCUCACGGCGGCCUUCGCGAUGAGCCUUAUCUUCGAUGUCAACAUGCAGUCUCGAUCGUCUUUUUGAAGCUUUGCUGUUAGCACAUGAUACAACCUUCUUCUUCUUCUUUCAUCUUUAUCUAUGUUGAUCUUUACAUGCUGUUCAUUCCUACGCGCUGGCCAUGUAUUCUGUCUUGUGCAUUGACCAUGUCGGUCAACACCCUAUUGGGGUCAACUUUGGUUCCGUAUUUAAUAAAAAAUAAUUUAAUUUUAGAAAUA